AUGGCUUUCGUGUGCUAUCCGCUGUUUACAAGUGCAAAGUUUCGUGUCAUACCCGCACACGGUCUGCAUUCGAGGAGCAGCACGCUGUGGAAGGGCACUACUGCGGGACGGCAUGCGGCUGGUAGGGCUCUUGUCGCCUCUUCAACAGCCCGCGGCGCUCUCACACUUCGAGGCAACGCGGCGGGCGCUCCUCGACGCCCUUUGCAACCGCUGCUUGCGAAAGGUGCGGCCGUGCUCGCGGCUUUAGCUGUUGCAAUCUCUCCGUUGCUUGGUGACCCAGAAGCCGCACUUGCAGCACAGGGAGGCGGUCGGGUCGGUGGCUCGUCUUUUCGGGCACCGGCGACUCGGAGCGCACCGCCUCGGAGCUAUCGCGCUCCUUCCGGGGGUAUUGGAGGAUAUUAUUAUAGCCCGGCACCAGUUUUGCCUUUCACGCCCUUCUACUUCGGGCCAGUGGUUGUGCCGUUUGGUUUCACCGGAAUAGGGACUUUUCUUCUUGCGGCGGCAUUCUUCGCGUUUGCCACACGUGCUCUAAGCUCGAAUCUAUCCGGUCUUGGAGUUUCUGCUGCCGCAGAGGAUAGUGAACUGGCCGCAGAACAGACGACGCUGGUGAAGCUUAAGGUGGGUUUGCUCAGUACAGCUCGCGAGCUGCAACAGGAACUGGAAGAAAUUGCGCUCCGCAGUAAGACAGAUUCUAUUGUCGGCCUGCAGCAGGUCUUACAGGAGACAACGCUUGCGUUGUACCGAAACCCUGACUAUUGGAGCUUCGGGAGCGUAAACGUGAAGCGCACGUCGCUCUCAGAGGCAGAGGCUGCAUUCAACAACGAGUCUUUCGCUGAACGCGGGAAACUUGAGAAAGAGACACUAUCAAAUUUUGGUGGACAGAUUGAUAUUCGGAAGCGGGAGGUUGCAGAACGCGACUCCACCGACAUGCGAGUACCCGAGUUUAUUGUGGUCACACUGAUUGUUGCUGCGUCUGGCCGAGUUCCAGGCGUUCCUACAGAGAUUCGAAGAAGCAGUGACAUCGAGGCGGCGCUUCGGGCACUUAGCAGCAUCCCGCGGGAAGCACUCCAGGGCGUGGAGGUCAUCUGGUCACCUCAGUCGCGCGAGGAUGCGCUUACUGAGAGCGAAAUGCUCGCUGACCAUCCGGAGCUGGUGCGAAUAUAG